AUGGCUCAGGUGGCUACGACUUCAACCGCCGUGGGAUUUCCCGGAUUCCGCCGCCUCUCUUCCCUCCGAUCUUGUCCUCAACCACCGAGGCUCGUGAAUUUUUCCUAUCAUUUUCAGAAGAGAACUCUUGGACACAACAGGGUCAUCUGCUGUUCCGCAAAGGAGGAAAAGCCGCUCGGGGAGUCGGAUUUCGAAGUCAGUGCGACGGCCGCCGACGGCGCCGUUAGUGAAACAACUACUUCAGCUUCCGGUGCUCGUCUAUUGCCGGAGUACCCAGAUAAAGGCUUCAAUCGGCGAAUAGCAGUGGCUUCAACCCUUGCCGCAGUUGGGCUUUUCUUGUCAUCUCGGUUGGACUUCGGCGGCGUCUCGUUGAAGGACCUCUCGGCUGCAGCAUUACCAUAUGAGGAGGCUAUUUCGAAUGGAAAACCAACUGUUGUAGAGUUCUAUGCUGAUUGGUGUGAAGUAUGUCGAGAAUUAGCUCCAGAUGUCUACAAGGUGGAAGAACAGUACAGGGAUCGGGUGAACUUUGUUAUGCUGAACGUUGAUAACACGAAGUGGGAGCAAGAGCUAGACGAGUUUGGUGUUGAGGGUAUCCCACAUUUUGCGUUUUUGGAUAGGGAUGGUAAUGAGGAGGGGAAUGUGGUGGGCCGCCUUCCGAGGCAAUAUUUGCUUGAGAAUAUUGAUGCACUUGCUAGAGGUGAAGCAACUGUGCCUCAUGCUCGUGUCGUGGGACAAUAUUCGAGUGCCGAGUCCAGGAAAGUUCGUCAAGUAGUUGAUCCAAGGAGUCAUGGGUAG